CCAACCUUCCUUGAAUGCUGCAUACUUCUUUUAUUAACUCUACUUUUCAACUUUCGCGUUUCUGCUGAGAGCUCCUCCGGCCAUGAUUUCGUCGGGAUGGUCGGAGAAAAUCGUCAGAAGCAUUGUUUCCAUAGUGGAUUUGGUUGUUUUUACGUUGUUGGAUUUUUUGGAUUUUAUUCUUUGUUUCGUUUACCGAUUCUUGGAUGAAUCCAUUGAAGUAAAUCCCCCCUCAUGUUACUGCCAGAACAGGGGAAAGCAGGGUGUGAGUGUCAUUGGGGAUGGAGAAGAUGAACUCUCAGAAACUUUGUAUGGUAGGAAGAACAUUUUCAGGGAUUGUGGUCUUCAUAGAUUGGGGAAAAGGGCGGAUGAUUCGGCCAAGAGUGGUAGUUUAAGAGCGAAUAGGUGGUCCGACUGCAAUUGUGAAUCUUGUGUUUCAUGGCAGCAAAAUGGAGACAAGAAUCUUCAUGUUUUUGUAAUGGAGCCAUCACAAGCCAUUAAUGAGAACUGCAAGGGAAUACUAGCUGAAAAUGUGAUUUUCUUACAUGGGUUCCUCUCUUCAUCCUCCAUUUGGACGGAAACUGUGUUUACCAGUCUGUCUGAAUCUGUAAAACGGAACUACAAGUUAUUUGCUGUAGACCUCUUGGGUUUUGGAAGAAGCCCAAAGCCACAGGACUGUUUAUACACAUUGAAAGACCACAUGGAAAUGAUUGAGAAAUCUGUAAUCGAGUCAUCUCAACUUAACUCCUUUCACUUGGUUGCUCACUCAAUGGGAUGUAUAAUUGCUUUGGGCUUAGCUGCAAAAUAUGCCAAGUCUGUGAAAUCAGUCAUCCUUGUAGCUCCACCUUACUUCAUCUCUACAAAAGAAGAGGCAAGUCUGAAUGCACUUCAUAGACUAGCUGAGAGGAGAAUCUGGCCACUACUACAUUUUGGCUCUUCUCUUAUGUCAUGGUAUGAGCACCUGGGUAGAACCGUCUGCUUCAUUAUUUGCAGAAACCACAGAAUAUGGGAAUGCAUGCUCAAGCUACUAACUUGGAGAAGAGAGUUGCCCUUCACGAUUAUUGACUUCACUAGGCACACGCAUCAUUCAGCUUGGCAUACAAUGCACAAUGUGAUAUGUGGGGGAGCAAAAUUAAUGGAUGAGUACUUGGAAACUUUGAGAAAGUCGGGAGUGUCACUAGCAGUCAUCCAAGGUGAUAAAGACCAAGUGGUUCCAUUGGAAUGUAGCAAUAACAUAAAACAAAAAUAUCCCCUUGCAGCGGUUAAAAUCAUCAAUGGUUCUGAUCACAGCACUGUUAUUUUAGGUAGGGAGAAAGAUUUUACAAGGGAUUUAGAAGAGCUAUGGUGUUAUUUUUGUAGAAACUCAUUGAGGAGAAGAAGAUAAAUAGUUCUUCAGGAUGGUUAGUUUCUGGGUCGUCUAUAAUGCAUUUAUUCGAACCAAGACCAUAUACCCUAGAUAGAAAGGAUAUGCAUUUUGUAAUGACUUUAUUUAUUCCCUGAAAACACAUUAACUAAAUGGCGAUAAUUAUUAUAGGAAAAGGGUGUAUGCACCAUGUUAUUGCA